GCAGAGAGGACCGCGGCUGAUUAUGGAGAGCGGAGGUCCACCGGCCACAUGGCAUGGGCUGCCGCUGCUGCUGCUACUACUGCUGCCUCCCAGCCACGAAGGACGGACCGUGAGACAUACUCUCCCCAGACAGAGGACUCAGGACCGGCCUGCUCUGCACCUCAGCAAUGGCCCUGGACAAGAACCUGUAACCAUCAUGACCUUUAACCUCACCAAGAUCAUAAAAACCUCCUCCUCCUUUGAGUUUCGGACCUGGGAUCCAGAGGGAGUGAUUUUUUAUGGUGAUACCAACCCAGAGGAUGACUGGUUUGUGCUGGGACUUCGGGAUGGCAGACCUGAGAUCCAGCUUCAUAAUCACUGGGCCCAACUUACAGUGGGCGCUGGACCCCGGCUGGACGAUGGGAGGUGGCACCAGAUGGAAGUGAAGAUCCAUGGGGAUUCUGUGAUGCUGGGGGUGGAUGCGGAGGAGGUGCUGCACCUGAGGCAGGUCUCUGGGCCACUGGCGAACAAACCCCAGCCCAUCAUGAGGAUUGCUCUGGGGGGGCUGCUCUUCCCUGCCUCCAAACUCCGGUUGCCGCUGGUCCCUGCCCUGGACGGCUGCCUGCGCCGGGAUGACUGGCUGGACCAGCAGGCCCGGACCUCAGCAUCUGUCCCCACUAGUCUCAGAAGCUGUGCUGUACAGUCUCAACCUGGGAUAUUCUUCCCGCCAGGGACUGGUGCAGAAUUCAGUUUCCAAGACAUUCCCCGGCCUCAUGGAGAGCCCUGGGCUUUCUCCUUGGACCUGGGACUCCAGCUAGCAGCAGGCUCAGGCCACCUCCUUGCCCUUGGGACCCCAGAAAACCCUUCUUGGCUCAGCCUCCAACUCCAAGAUCAAGAAGUGGUGCUGUCUUCUGUGUCAGGGCCAGGGCUGGAUCUGCCCCUCGUCUUGGGGAUCACUCUUCAGCUGAAGCUGACUGUGUCCAGGGUGGUUUUGAGCCAGGGGACAAAGAAGGAGAUCCUUGCUCUGCCUCCAAUGGGCCCUGGCUCCCUCCUCAACCUCUGGGCCCAGACGCAGGGGCGUCUCUUCCUGGGGGCUUUGCCAGGAGAGGCCUCUUCUGCAUCCUUUUGCUUGGAUGGCCUUUGGGCACAAGGCCAGAGGCUGGACAUGGACCGGGCCCUGAGCAGAAGCCAGGACAUCUGGACUCACAGCUGCCCCCAGAGCCCAGGCAAUGGCACUGACACUACCCAUUAAAUCCCCACCUAAGA